AUGGCCAAGUGCUGUGCAGUAGCGACUGUAGUUGUCUCGCCGGAUCCAAACGCGGUCUACGGGCUGGUCCAUGACCCUCAACAUAUUGCUUUCUUACAGCAAAGGUGUCGUAUUUAUGGCUCGCCUGAUGGCUCUCAAGCUGCUGGAACAAAAGCUCCUGCACGACUGCGUUUAGCACUCGAAGAGAUGACGGUAGGGGUCACGAAAGGAUUUCUUCGUUUACAAGCAGCAAGUACGUGCGAUGGUAGUACAAUGAUAUGUAAAGAAGACAUACAGACAGUAGUAGAAGAAAUUGAACAGGAGUUAUCAGGUGAUAUGAAGCGUAGAGAACCUGGUGACCGUCGUUGGAGAUUAUCAUUACAACGCCACCAUCGCUUGCAAGUCUUUCAAGACUUGUGGGAGCGAGGUUACAUUGUGACCUUUGGCUCGAAAUUCGGUGCCGAUUUCCUGAUCUACAAAGACAAUCCCAAGCAUACUCAUGCUGUGGCAUUAAUCACGGUGAAAGAGUAUGAAGAGGAAUUUGAACGCGUGGACAUUGUGAGCUUCUGUCGUGUGGCCAAAAUGAUAAAAAAAGGUGUUUCUAUUUGCAAGCGUUCGAGAUAG